UGCCAUGGUACAUAAACCUAAACAAUGUAAAUUUGAAGGGCGACGAAGGGAGUGUCUGGGUCAGGAGUGGUACUGGGUCGUGAGAGUUGAGAAGUGGUAGUUAUGGCGAACUCAACAACCAGACUGGGAAGGAGAUGGGUGACUCAGACUCAGAGGACUGUUGGGGAUGGCAGUGGUUGGUUUCGAUUUCCCUCCAAGAGACUCUUCCGCACUGUCACCAUUAUCCUCGCCCUCAUCGCUAUCUUCCCUCCCAUCUUCUUCCACUUCAGGCUGCGGAGCCUUCAUCAGAUCCAGUUAAGAAAGUGCAGUUGGCUUAAUAAUCCUCCCUUUGUGUGUGCCCAUGGUGGUGACUCAACAAAGGCCUUUCCCAACACUAUAGCUGCAUAUCACUCUGCUCUUGCUUCUCAAGUAGACUGCGUCGAGAUUGAUGUUUCACGUUCUUUAGAUGGAGUUUUGUUUGCUCUCCAUGACAGGGAUUUGCAAGAGAUGUCUGGAAACAUUACUUUAAAGGUUGGAAACUUAAGAAUGAAAGAGAUAAAAGAACUAGGCGCUGUUCAUCAUCCUGAUCAGAAGUCUACUUCUGGAAUUGUUCCUACCAUUGAGGAUGCUUUGAGGUUGAUGUCAAGUUCAGUCCGGCAGGUGAUCCUAGAUGCAAAAGUUGGGCCUCCUUCAUAUGAAAAAGGGUUGGCGAAAGAUAUUCUCUCUGUUGUUGAGAGGACACGGUGUGAAAAUUGUCUUGUAUGGGCUAAAAGCGACAAACUAGCGAGAGAUGUUAUCCAAGAGUCAUCAGAUAUAGCGGUAGGCUACAUUGUGAUGAUUGAUCCAUCUACCGGACUAAGAACAAAUUUGUUGAGGAUGAAAGGUGCUGAUGUUGUUGGUGUGUAUCACCCAUUGAUUGAUGAAAAGCUUGUCAGAAUUGUUCACGGGAGAUAUAAGAAGGUAUAUGCCUGGACCGUUGAUGAUGUGAAUUCCAUGCAAAAAAUGUUAUUUGAGCGUGUGGAUGCUAUUGUUACAAGCAACCCAACUCAGCUUCAACGUCAGAUGCAAGAUAUCAGAACAGAAUGCCUUGAGGAAGGUUUUACACUCUCACGAUGACCAUUUCUUUCGAGCACUGCUUACUCAGUAUAGGAAAAAGGGAGAGGAAAUGAUGCAUAUUCCCGAACUUGUCAUUCUUUUGAUAAAACUUGCUGUAUAAUUUUAUUGAUAAUAAAUAAACCAAAAAUAUGUAUUUCUUCUAUCGAACUAUAUUAUGACCUAUCAUGAAUACAAGUUAGAAAGUUGAAUAAUUGAAAACACAAGUAAAAUGAAGCAUAAUUAUGCUAA